UGCAGCAGAUUAAUCGAUCUCCUACCUUCGUUUAGGCAACGGCAGCUCUUCGUUUUCUAGGGUUUGCUUUUGUUCGGCUACCUGUUCCCUUAUCUCGUAUUUUCAGUCCUUUUUAAAAGAUAAAAAAGGGACGGCAAAAAUUAAGAGAGGGUUUAGGUUCAGGGGUUGUAAUGAGAGAUCGAUUGAAUUCGGAUCUGUUCGACCCGAGAAGUGAGAUGGACUCCGAUUGCAUGCGUGGUGCCUCAGGCUCCGGCGGUGAUUUCGCCUUCGCUUUCAACGAUAGCAAUUUCUCCGACCGGCUUCUGAGGAUCGAGAUUAUGGGUGGGCCGUCUAACUGCGCUUCCGAUGGUGAGGGUUGCACCAGCAUCGCCGAGUGGGCUCGCUACCGCAAGAGGCGCCGGGAGGAUAUCAAGAAGGAACAUGCUUGGGAUCUUAGUUUAUGUCCCGAGGAGCAGGUUUUAAGUGACAAUCAACCUGAUACGGAUGAUGCUGUGGGCUGUGAAAAUCAAGAUGGGGAGGCAGGGGCAAUGGUUGAAGAAACACAAUCAGGCGAUGAGGAUGCAAAUAGCAAUGAAUCAAGUUGGAACAUGGAUUGUUCUGCAGUUGUGACAGUUAAAACAUUGCAUAUCAGUUCUCCCAUUUUAGCUGCAAAAAGCCCAUUCUUCUACAAGGUAAGAUAUGGAAUUAAUAGACAUUUUUUAUAUUACUUUUGGUGUGCAGAGGAAGCUGCCCUCAUGGAACUUUUGAAUUUUAUGUAUAGCAACACCUUAUCUGUCACCGCAGCUCCUGCCUUGCUUGAUGUGCUGAUGACUGCUGAUAAAUUUGAGGUUGCCUCUUGCAUGAGAUAUUGCAGUCGGCUAUUGUGCAAUUUAACUAUGACACCAGAGUCAGCUCUGCUCUAUUUGGAUCUUCCAUCUUAUGUUUUAAUGGGCAAAGCUGUCCAGCCUUUGACCGAUGCUGCUAAACAGUAUCUUGCUUCCCGUUACAAGGACAUGACCAAGUUCCAAGAAGAGGUAAUGGCUUUGCCACUAGCUGGGAUUGAGUCAAUAUUGUCCAGUGAUGAUCUGCAAAUUGCAUCUGAAGAUGCUGUGUACGACUUUGUUUUGAAGUGGGCCAGGCUUCAGUACCCCAAACUGGAAGAGCGAAGGGAAGUUCUUGGUUCACGCCUUGCACGCUAUAUUCGCUUCCCUUAUAUGACCUGCAGGAAGCUUAAGAAGGUGCUAGCAUGUAAUGAUUUUGAUCAUGAAUUUUCAUCGAAGCUUGUGCUCGAGGCUCUCUUUUUCAAGGCUGAAGCCCCACAUAGACAACGAAGCUUGGCUGCUGAGGAGUCUGCAAGCUUGAACCGUCGCUUUAUCGAGCGAGCUUACAAAUAUCGUCCGGUUAAAGUGAUUGAAUUUGAAGUUCCCCGUCAACAGUGUGUUGUAUACCUGGACUUGAAGAGGGAAGAGUGUGCAAAUCUAUUCCCAUCUGGACGGGUUUAUUCUCAGGCGUUCCACCUGGGAGGACAAGGUUUCUUCCUGUCAGCUCAUUGCAACAUGGACCAGCAGAGCUCAUUCCACUGCUUCGGGUUGUUCUUAGGAAUGCAUGAAAAGGGUUCCGUUAGUUUUGCGGUGGAUUACGAAUUUGCGGCAAGGUCAAAGCCAACGGAGGAGUUUCUAAGCAAAUACAAAGGCAACUACAAAUUCACCGGCGGCAAGGCAGUUGGCUAUCGGAAUUUAUUUGCCAUACCUUGGACAUCGUUCAUGGCGGAAGGCAGUAUUUACUUCAUUAAUGGUGUUCUCCAUCUUAGGGCUGAGUUAACCGUCAGACACUAACCAUAUGGAGCUUCGGUCCAUUUACUUUAGCUGAACUAACUCCGUUGUUUCUUUCUUCACUUCGACCCGACCAAAAUCCAAUAUGUACCAAUUAGAGCAAUGGGUUGGAUCUUUUAUUUUUUAAUCAUCAAUUUGCUUGAAAUUGAAAUGUGAUACUUCGUCUUAGACAUGUAACGCGGUCGGAGUCGAAUUGUAGAUCCGAAUUUACUAAUUUUAUAUCUUCCACUUA